CCCGGAGCCAGGGGCCGUCCUACCCCCCUCGCCUUCCACCCCCUCGGCUCCAGCUGCUCCGCAGAAGGAGCGGGGCUGGCGCGCUCGCUCGCUCCCUCUCUCUCUCGCUCCCAGACACACGCACCAAGCUCUCCCUCGCUCGCCCAUGCAGACAGCAGCCGGAGCGGCGGAAGAUGGCUGACUCCACAGGGCAUCACCCACCCUCCAGCCCGCCUGCAUCCCCGACCCUCCCCGCGCCGCUCUCGCCUCCGACCCUCCCUCACGCCAGCUUCCACCGCUGAGCCAGCGACCCCCGCCCAGCCCCGCCGCCCUCCCCACUUCUGCUUCCCAGCCCCCCCACGACACCAGCAGCCAUUUCAUCUCCACCAGCCAGACACAAAAAAUGGCAGAAAUGGAGAAAGAAGGGAGACCUCCCGAAAAUAAAAGAAGCAGGAAGCCGGCUCACCCGGUGAAAAGGGAAAUCAACGAGGAGAUGAAGAACUUCGCAGAAAACACUAUGAAUGAGCUCCUUGGCUGGUAUGGUUAUGAUAAGGUUGAAUUGAAAGAUGGAGAAGAUAUUGAAUUCAGGAGCUACUCUGCAGAUGGGGAGAGCAGGCAGCACAUUUCUGUUCUCAAAGAAAAUUCUUUGCCAAAACCAAAAUUACCUGAGGACAGUGUUAUUUCACCAUACAAUAUAAACACAAGCUAUCCAGGGCUUGCCACAGGAAAUGGACUUUCAGACUCACCAGCAGGGUCAAAGGAUCAUGGGAAUGUACCCAUUAUUGUACCAUUAAUUCCACCACCUUUCAUAAAGCCACCAGCAGAAGAUGAUGUGUCAAAUGUACAAAUAAUGUGUGCCUGGUGCCAGAAAGUGGGAAUCAAGCGCUAUUCCCUGAGUAUGGGAAGUGAAGUGAAAUGCUUCUGCAGUGAGAAGUGCUUUGCAGCUUGCCGAAGAGCAUACUUCAAGAGAAACAAGGCUAGAGAUGAAGAUGGACAUGCUGAAAAUUUUCCCCAGCAGCACUAUGCUAAGGAAACUCCAAGGCUUGCCUUCAAGAAUAACUGCGAACUACUUGUAUGUGACUGGUGUAAGCACAUAAGACACACAAAAGAGUAUCUGGAUUUUGGGGACGGGGAACGAAGGCUUCAGUUCUGCAGUGCAAAAUGUCUCAAUCAGUACAAAAUGGACAUUUUCUACAAAGAGACACAGGCCAAUCUUCCAGCUGGACUGUGCAGCACAUUACAUCCUCCAAUCGAAAAUAAAGCAGAAGGCACUGGGGUACAGCUGCUGACUCCAGAUUCUUGGAAUAUACCGCUAGCAGAUGCUCGGAGAAAGGCCCCAUCCCCAGUGUCUGCAGCUGGCCAAAUUCAAGGCCCUGGACCAUCAGCGUCUACCACUGCUUCUCCGUCUGACACUGCCAACUGCUCUGUCACUAAAAUCCCCACGCCAAUUCCCAAACCUAUUCCUAUCAAUGAGAAUCCAAAUAUUCCACCAGUUUCUGUUCAGCCACCUGCUAGCAUUGUGCCUCCAAUUGGUGUCCCACCUCGAAGUCCUCCCAUGGUGAUGACAAACCGGGGGCCAGUUCCUCUGCCUAUAUUCAUGGAACAGCAAAUUAUGCAGCAAAUCCGUCCACCAUUUAUUCGAGGGCCGCCUCAUCAUGCUUCGAAUCCUAACAGCCCUUUGUCCAAUCCAAUGAUUCCUGGAAUUGGUCCGCCACCAGGUGGUCCCAGAAAUAUGGGUCCCACCUCCAGCCCCAUGCACAGGCCAAUGCUAUCACCUCAUAUUCAUCCGCCAACAACACCUACCAUGCCUGGCAAUCCCCCAGGGUUACUACCGCCUCCUCCUCCAGGAGCUCCUUUAACUAGCCUUCCCUUUCCCCCUGUCAGCAUGAUGCCAAAUGGUCCUAUGCCUAUGCCACAGAUGAUGAACUUUGGAUUGCCAUCUCUUGCCCCACUUGUGCCACCCCCAACCCUCUUAGUGCCAUAUCCUGUCAUUGUUCCUUUGCCUGUACCUAUCCCUAUUCCCAUUCCCAUCCCUCACAUCAAUGAUUCCAAGCCCCCCAAUGGCUUCUCCAGCAAUGGUGAAAACUUCAUUCCAAGUACCUCCAGUGAUGCAGCCGGGGCAAAGCCAACAAAUAAUUCUACGUCCCCUAGAGAUUCAAAGCAAGGGCCUUCUAAAUCCUCCGACUCGUCACCUAGCUGUUCAGGCCAGUCCUUAAAUCAAGCUCAAGUGGUUCAGGAGCAUUGUCGAAAUGAAGUUGUUGAUUUGACUGUCAGACCUAGUAGUCCAAUGAACAGUAAAUUUAGUUUUUCUAGUGUACUACAGGGUCCACAGGAUGGUGUGAUAGACCUAACUGUAGGGCACAGGUCUAGGCUACACAAUGUUAUCCACAGGGCUUUACAUGCUCAAGUUAAAGUUGAACGUGAACCUAACAGUGUUGUAAAUUUGGCUUUUAGUAGCUCAGAUAAAAGGAACUGCAACCACUGCAGGGACAGUUGCAGCCCAAUUGAAACAAAAAUGUUACCUUGCAGCGACCCAGCUCACUGUGGUCCUGUCUCACUGGCCUCUGGCACUUCAGGACUAGAAACUAGUGCAGCAGUUUGCAAUGUCAUUGUGAAUGGCACAAAGAGCACAGAGGGUUCUAAGAACUCAGAACAAUCCCCAGAGCAGAAAAAGCCUCAACCACAAGAAGAGCCAGCAGUGAGUGAGUUGGAAUCUGUUAAGGAGAACAACUGUGCAUCAAACUGCCACCUAGAAGGAGAGGCUGGCAAGAAGAUUGGGGAAGAGCCCCUCACUUUGGGAGACAAGCAAGACCCCAACCUUAACAACCCUGCAGAUGAGGACCAUGCGUAUGCUUUGCGGAUGCUGCCCAAGACAGGUUGUGUGAUCCAGCCUGUGCCAAAACCAGCAGAAAAGACUGCUAUAGCACCAUGUAUAAUCUCAACACCAAUACUCAGCACAGGGCCAGAGGAUCUGGAGCCACCAUUGAAAAGGAGGUGUCUCCGAAUUCGAAAUCAGAAUAAGUAAAGGAAUGCUCACUGACAGGGUACCUUGCAUGGAGAAAGGGAGCAGAGCAAACCAUGUCACUUCACCGAAUGAUGUCAGCUGGGCUG